AUGAGUUGUUUUCGUCUAUCGAAAUCACUUAUUAAUCAAAUUGAGGUGAUGAUGAAUAAAUUUUGGUGGGUUUCAAACUCAUCUGUUUUGGGAAUUAAUUGGAAGACUUGGUCAGUUCUUUGCAAACCAAAAGUUGAAGGUGGCUUGGGUUUUAAGAGUUUCAUACACUUUAAUCAGGCUCUCUUAGCUAAACAGACAUGGUGCAUCUUUUCCAAUCCGACUUGCCUACUCAGCCAAAUUCUCAAAGCAAUGUAUCAUAGUCAAUCAUCCUUUUUGGAUGCUGGUCAUGGCUCUUAUCCUUCACUUACUUGGCAAGGGAUUUCUUGGGGAAAAGAAUUGCUCUUAAAAGGAUUAAGAUGGAAAGUUGGAGAUGGUCAAAGCACAACUUGUAGAUAUGAUCCCUGGUUACCUAGUGUUACUAAUUUUCAACCUCUAGUAGUAACCAACAUUGACUUGCAUUUAAAGGUGUCUUCUCUGAUCAUACCAGAGAGGAUUUGGAAUAUUGAUCUGCUGAACUCAUAUUUCAUUCCAUCGGACAUUUAG